CUUGAUAGCCAUGGCGGCGGUGGACAGCUUCGCCCUCUUGCUGAGGGAGCUGGGCCGAUCCUGCGCUCAUUCCACGGAGAUGCUGGCCCUCCUGGGGGCUUUCUACGCCACCAAGACGUGCUUCGCAGCCCUACGUGAAACCUGCACCCUCAUCCGGGUGCAUUUCCUUUCCAGGCUGGUCGGCGGGGCCGAUCUCGUCCAGCGGUACGGCCAGUGGGCUGUGGUCACAGGUUGCACCUCUGGAGUUGGAAAGUCCUAUGCUAAGGAAUUAGCAAAGCGUGGGGUUAAUGUUGUCUUAAUUAGCCGGAACAAGGAGAAGCUGGAAGCUGUCGCUAGAGAGAUAACGGAGUCUUACGCUGUGGAAACGGCUAUUAUUGUGGCCGACUUCAGACAAGGCCGCGAGAUCUACCCGGCCAUUGAGCGAGCCCUGAAGGGCAAAGAAAUUGGCAUUUUAGUGAACAACGUUGGUGUGUCCUAUGACCACGCAGACUGUUUCGCCAGUUUGACCCAGGAGAAAAUCUGGGAGCUUAUCCAUGUCAAUAUCGGGGCUGCUAACAUGAUGGUUCUCAUGGUGUUACCUGGAAUGAUGGAGAGGGAAAAAGGAGCUGUGGUAAAUAUUUCUUCUGCAUCCUGCAUCCAGCCCUCUCCACAGAUAACAGCCUAUUCAGCCUCCAAGGCUUACCUGGACCAUUUCAGCCGAGCCCUACAUUACGAAUGUGCUCCCAAGGGCAUUUUUGUUCAGAGUUUAGUCCCGUGCUUCAUCUCCACCAAAAUGACCGAAGGUAUGGGCGUGUUCUCCAAAGAAAGUUUUUUAGUGCCUUCUGCUGAUGAGUACGCACGUCACGCAGUUACCACCCUUGGAAUAUCUAGGAGGACGACAGGAUACUGGCCACAUUCGAUCAUGCUUCUCUUCGGACGGUGCCUACCAGAAUGUUUCUGGGCUUGGGGAUGCAACAGACUGGUCUUCUAUUCCCAUGCCUUCAGUUCCCGCUUGCAGAUAUCCUUGGAAAGUGGCUUCUCCUCAGCAGCCCGGGCCGACUGCUCGGUGCGAAGUGGCGGCGUCUGCGAGAGGGAGGGAGGGGAGCCCGCUUCGCCUGACCUGGAGCUCCGGAGAGGCCCUGAGGCGGCGGCGGCCUUGCAGCAGCGGCUGGAGGGGCUGUCAGAAUGGCUUUUGUAG